UCAACUCAUACAUCCAAGAAGAACAGGUCACUUAUUCUUGAAAUAACCGUGCCGAUUGUAGUUUCACUCUUACUAUUUGCUCUGUUUACGACCUGCUGUUACGCGAGAAAGCACAAGAAACUUGGUUUACCUGCAAAAGUUUUAGAAAAUGUUCCACCAAGAUUGUCUUAUCUCGAGUUGAUGAAGGCAACCGAUGACUUCUCCGACGAGAAUUUGAUUGGCGUUGGAAGCUACGGUUCGGUGUACAGAGGGGUUUUGGGUGAUGGCAUAACUCUCGUUGCGAUCAAGGUACUCAACCUGUUGCAGCAAAGCGCUUUCAAGGCUUUCGUCGCGGAGUGUGAAGCUUUAAGAAGCAUUCGACACCGAAACCUGGUCAAGAUCUUGACAACCUGCUCGAGUGUGGAUCUCAGAGGUAAUGAAUUCAGAGCUAUCGUGUUUGAUUUCAUGCCUAAUGGGAGCUUGGAGAGUUGGUUGCAUCCAGACACAGACAAGAAGCUAUACUCGAAGCGAUUAGGUCUGCUUCGGAGACUUGACAUAGCAAUCGAUGUUGCUGCUGCGCUGAACUAUCUUCAUGACCACUGCGAGACGCCAAUCAUCCACUGUGAUCUGAAGCCAAGCAAUGUCCUUCUUGAUGGCAACAUGACUGCUCGUGUGGGAGAUUUUGGCCUAGCAAGAUUCCUCUUCAAUGGCACCGACCGAUAUCUAUCUUCUUCUGUAGCUAUGAAAGGUUCCAUUGGCUAUAUGGCUCCAGAAUACGGGAUGGGCGGGCUGGUUUCGACUCAUGCUGAUGUCUACAGCUACGGAGUGCUGCUGCUGGAGCUGUUCACCGGGAGGAGGCCUACAGACGACAUGUUUAAGGACGGUCUCACCCUCCAAAAGCACGUCGAGGGAGCCUUUACGAAGGGAGCUCAGGUCACCGGCAUUGCCGAUCCAUCACUAUUCUCAGACGAAGAAGAAGGUGAAGACACUUCAGUUCUCAGGACCGGAAGUCAAGCGAGUGAAAGAAUAACAAGAUGCUUAGAAUCGGUGCUCAUGGUAGGUCUCUGCUGUGCCAAGGAGUCGCCGAGAGAGCGCAUCACAAUCAAGGAUGCUGUGACCAGAAUAGAGACGAUCAAGAGUCUGCUGCUCACCCCUAAAAUGUAGUCUUGGAUUGGUAUUUACUGUCAUAGUUGUUAAGUUCAGAUCAUACGACACUCCACGUUUAAUUCGCUUGUUUUGUGAAGGAGGGUAGUGUGUUUCUUCUGCUUCCUCUGUUCUCUCAGUUUAUGUUGUUAUUUCUGUACUCUAAGAAAUAAAAGAAUGUUAGUACGAAUCA